ACUUACAAGAAAAAAUUUAAAAGUGGAAUAUAAGGUCAAUGGACUAGAAAAGUUGCUAUCAGAAACAAAAGAAAUGAAAUCUCAGUUAGAGCAUCAAAAAGUGGAAUGGGAACGAGAACUCUACAGUUUAAGAUUGACCUUAAAACAAGAAAAAGAAAAAAGAAGAAGUGCUGAAAUUUUAUAUAUAAAUAUUAAGGAGCAAUUAAGAAGUAAAGAAGAGCUGAGUGAAGUUUCUCCUCCUCAUGAAAAAGAAAAAGGUCUGUUACAUGAAAACCGCAUGUUGCAAGAUGAACUUGCCAUGCUAAGACUGGAAAUAGACACAAUAAGGAAUCAGAAGCAGGAAAAGAGGUAUUGUGAAGACACUGAAACUGAAAAAGAAAAGAAUGACAGUCUUCAAAACGCCAUAAAACUGAAUGAGGAUGAAAAGCUAAACAGAGAAAGACUGGAAGCAAAACUUCAAUCAUACCGAGCUAGAGUCGCUACAGCUAUACAGGAUCGUGAUCAAAGUCAGGCAUCAAAAAGAGACCUAGAACUUGCUUUCCAGAGAGCAAAAGAUGAGUGGUGUCAUUUACAGGACAAAAUGAACUUUGAGAUGUCUAACCUAAAAGAUAACAAUGAGGUGCUUUCUCAGCAACUUUCUGAAGUCGAAAGUAAACUUAAUGCCCUAGAAAUUGAGCUGCAGUAUACAAGAGAUGCUCUCAGAGAAAAGACGUUGGCUUUAGAACAUUUACAAAGAAACCCAAAACAAACACAGGGUCAGAAGAAGGAAAUUGAGCAGAAAUCUCAAAACGAACAAGGUAAAGUGAAUGAAUACAUGGGAAAGCAUGAAUCCUUAGAAGAGAAAUUAUCUCAACUACAAAGUGAAAAUAUGUUGCUCCGAGAGCAACUAGAUGAUGCCUACAGCAGAGUGGAAUGUAAAGAAAAGACUAUAAUUUAUCUCAAAGACCAGGUUCAGGUUAUUGUAAGAAUGGUUCGAGUUGCAGGUGAAAAACGAGCUCUUCAACUGCGAGAAAGAAAUAAGGAGUUAAUCAAUAAAUGUAAACAGAUAAUGGAAAGAGCAUUUAGAUAUGAAGAUGAGAAAGAAGAAAGAGAACGACAAGAAGCAAAGGAGUUACAAACAAAGGUUGUAAGGUGCGUUCAGAAGUUCAGAGAUGACAUAAAAAAGCUUGAAGUUGAAAAUGCCGAGUUAAAAGUUACAGUCAAGGAGCAAGCAGGCCAAAUUGAACAGCUUCAGAAAGACCUGUUAAGUUCAAGUUCGUGUGGUGAUGAAAAGGAAAACCUAAAGAAAUGUAUGGAGUUAAAACAGCCUUUGCAGUUCAGGUUGGAUCAAGAAGUGAAGAAAAAUGAGGAAUUGGAAAAAGAGAAUACUGGGUAAGACUAAUAUUUCACAUCACUU